AUAUGCGUUUUUCAGGCGAUGCUAUCAGAGUGACGUAUAAUGUAGUGGACGGGACGCUUCUUCAACAACAUCUCGUCAGCCACCUCGGUAGCUUCCUAGCGGAAACGUUCAAGCUGUUCAGACUGCUUCGGUCUAUAUUCACUUCUGUAUUUGGAACAUAAUUCUGUCUUUUAACUAGUUUCCCCAUUUCAUGUCAUAUUUCCGUUUAGUCAGGUAACGGUAGCUGGCUUGAUAAAUGAGCCUAUCACUAGGCUAGUCGCUAACUAGCUAGGUUAGCUGGCUAACAUCCCCGACCAUGAGCUCAGCAAGCUGCUGCCCUCCUGCUAAAAAAGAGGUCUGCUGGAAGGAGAAAGAAGGUAUUUGGCUGAACGUUGUCGUGAAAGAGGAGAAUGAAGAGGAGGAUGUCACAGUAAACGAAGAAGUAGAGGGUGAGGCUGUUACACAGAAAGAAGAGGAAGAAAACGAUUAUACUUUUUUUGGAGUGAAUGAAGGAGAGAUAACUGUCUCUGAGAGGGAAGAAGAGGAGGAGACAGAAGAUCUGAGUAACACCAGAGAGAGACCAGACUCUCCUUCUGACAGCAGGAAGAGUCCUUCAGGGAAACCAGACCCCGAGACGUCCAAACCAGCAGGACGACAUCACUGCUCCCAGUGUGGAAAGAGUUUUACUCAGUUAGGGAGCCUGAGAACACAUAAGAGAAUACACACUGGAGAGAAGCCUUACCACUGUUCCCAAUGUGGAAUGUCGUUUACCCAGUUAGGGAGCCUGCAAACGCAUGAGAGGGGACACACAGGGGAAAAGCUUUUCCAAUGUUCCCAUUGUGGAAAGAGUUUUGGCCAGGUAGGAAACCUGAACAAGCAUGAGAGGACACACACAGGUAAGAAGAUGUACCGCUGCUCCCAGUGUGGAGAGAGAUUUACCCGGUUAAGGUACCUGAAAGAGCAUGAAGGAAUACAUACAAAUACACAGGAGGAGAAGACAUACCACUGCUCUCACUGUGGAAAGACAUUUUCCCAGUCAGAGAACCUGAAAACACAUGAGAGAAUCGAGAGGCUGUGUUCUGACUUGUGUUUUUGACUGAGACUGUGUGUGUUUGUUUGGGCUGUCAGACUUGAGUUCACUUUGUGUAAUGUUAGUGCACUAUUUUUAAUUGUGAUUAAUCCAUUGUCUGAAAGGGUUAAAAACACACUGAAAACAUCCAGAAUACAUCCUAUAUACAGCUACAAUCUACAAUGCCAUGUAAACACAAGAUGACAUUGAGGUUAAAUAAAGUGUGAUUUAUCAAUGGAACAUA